CAGAUGCGUGACUGUUUGAUCUGUGAAAAAGCGGCCAGCGGGUCACACAUAUUGGCACAAAAGAGAAGCUGACAAAUGACUGUCACCAUCAUGAGGCUGGUGUGGAAGUCCCUGGACAAGAUGAGGUAUUUCCGUAAACGCUCCACCAUCCCCUUUCUGGGGGUCCUGAUCACCUGUCUCCUCUUCUUCAAUCUCUACAUGGAGGAUGGAUACAUGAUGGAGGCGGGUAAAAGACCUCUGAGAGAGACAUCAAUGCAUCCUUCAAACACUGAGAGAUAUGUUCACACCUUCAGAGACCUCACUAAUUUCUCUGGAACCAUAAACGUCACAUAUCGUUACCUCGCUGGGACCCCACUGCCCCGAAAGAAAUAUCUAACCAUUGGAUUGUCAUCCGUGAAAAGAAAAAGAGGAAAUUACCUCAUGGAGACGAUCAAAUCUAUUUUUGACCAGUCCAGUUAUGAUGAGCUGAAAGAGAUUGUGGUGGUGGUCCACCUGGCAGACUUUGACCUGGCCUGGUGUGAAAACCUGGUGCAGGACAUUUCCAGGAAGUUUGCCCACCACAUCAUCGCUGGGCAUCUCCUGGUGAUCCAUGCCCCUGAGGAGUACUAUCCAUCACUGGAUGGGCUAAAAAGGAACUACAAUGACCCAGAGGACAGGGUACGAUUCCGCUCCAAGCAGAACGUGGACUAUGCCUUUCUCCUCAACUUCUGCACCAACCUCUCUGAUUUCUACAUGAUGCUGGAGGAUGAUGUGCGCUGCUCACGGAACUUUCUGACAUCCCUGAAGAAGGUGGUCACCUCCAGGGAAGGCUCCUACUGGGUGAUGCUGGAGUUCUCCAAGCUUGGCUACAUAGGGAAGCUCUACCACUCAAGAGACCUGCCACGCCUGGCACACUUCUUGCUCAUGUUCUACCAGGAGAUGCCCUGUGACUGGCUCCUCAUUCACUUCCGGGACCUGCUUGCCCAGAAAGACGUGAUCCGCUUCAAGCCCUCCUUGUUCCAGCACAUGGGCUACUACUCCUCAUAUAAAGGGGCAGAGAACAAGUUGAAGGAUGAUGACUUUGAAGAAGACUCCAUUGAUAUCCCUGACAACCCUCCUGCUAGCCUGCACACAAACAUUCAUGUAUUUGAAAACUAUGACGCCACCAAGGCUUAUAGCAGUGUGGACGAAUACUUUUGGGGGAAACACCCCUCUACCGGAGACUUCUUUGUCAUUAUCUUACACGAACCAACUCAAAUCAGCAAGAUAAAAAUUGUGACAGGAACGGACGAUCGUCAGAACGACAUCCUGCACCAUGGAGCUCUGGAAGUAGGAGAGAAGCUGGUGGGGACAAAAAGAGGAAGGCAGUGUUCUACCUACAUCACGUUAGGGGAGUUUAAAUAUGGCAACAUUGAGGUUCAAGACGUGGACCACAAGAUUGCCUUUGACAUUGAGUGUGUUCGUAUUGUGGCGACUGCCAGUCAGAAAGAAUGGCUGAUCAUUAGGACUAUAAGUCUGUGGACGGCACAACCUCCCAGUCAAUGGUACACGGAGGGACCAUACCGUUUAGACUAAAGUUUUAUAUUCACGUGCCUAUUCAUUUAUAUUGAUUAUAUGUUGGAGGCUCUAUGGUUUCUUUUAUUAUCCGUUAUAUUUGACAUACAGUAAAUAUUUGAGGAUUUGAACGUUAAUUGGGUUCAACGUUGUAUUUUUGUUAUAAAAUAAAAUACAGACAAAUGGG